AUGGCACGAAAAGGAAAUCCGAUUUCGGUAAGACUCGAUCUGAAUCGUAGUUCAGAUUCAAGUCGGUUCAGUGAUUAUUAUUAUGGUAAAUUAGUUUAUCAAGAUGUCAAUCUGAGAUCUUAUUUCGGUUCGAUACGUCCACCUGCGAGACUAACCUUUGGCUUUCGUCUCGGUAGGUGUAUUCUUAUACAUUUUCCCAAAAGAACAUUCAUUCAUUUCUUUCUUCCCCGUCGACCACGACGACUGAAACGACGCGAUAAAUCCAGACCCGGAAAGGAGAAGGGCCGGUGGUGGGCAUUUGGGAAAGUAGGGCCGAUCGGGUGUCUUCAUUCCAGCAACAAGAAAGACGAAGAACGAAACGAAGUGAGAGGCCGGAGGGCAGGGAAAAGAGUCGAGUCGAUCAGGCUCGACGACCGGGAGAAGCAAAACGAAAUUAGGAUUUGGCCGAAAAAGAAGCAACGCUAUGGAUACCAUGACCGAUCACCAUCGAUAAAGAAGAAUCUUUCUAAAUCACUUCGGGUCAGCGGGGCGCAUCCGAAAUACGCCGGGGCUGUAAAUGACAUAGCGUUCCUGAUAGAAAAUUACGACUCCUUCAGAAAAACGAAGUUUUUUAAGUUAUUUUUCCCCCGCUCCGACGGCCCGACGAGUCAUCUAUUUAAAAGGACCCUCCCUGCAGUGCGCCCCUCCUUGAAUUAUUCGGUCAUGCAAUACUUUUUUUGUAGAAAGAACCAAAUGCAUUUCGACCCCGUCGUAGUUCUCAAUCAUUUCGUGGCACCGGGCGUGGCUGAACCAUCUACGAUGGGGGGAGCGAAUGCGCAGGGAAGAAGCUUAGAUAAGAGAAUACGUUCUCGCAUCGCUUUUUUUGUAGAAAGCUCGACCAGCGAGAAAAAGUGUUUGGCCGAAGCCAAAAAGAGGUUGACCCACUUCAUUCGCUUGGCGAAUGAUCUUCGCUUCGCGGGAACAACAAAAACCACCAUCUCGCUCUUUCCUUUCUUCGGUGCUACCUUUUUCUUUCCAAGGGAUAGAGUUGGGAUUUAUAAGAACCUUUUUUUUGAGGAUGCCCGGGAACCACUCCUAGGUCAAUUAAGGAUCAAAUGUUGGAACCUCAUGGGUAAGGAUAAGGUAAUGGAAUUGAUAGAUAAAUUAAUAGACCUAGGUAGGAUAGGAGAGUGGAUAAAGGGAAUAGAGAUGAUGAUAGAGAUCAUACUGAGAAACAGAAAAAUUCCGUACGGGUACAACUCUUAUUUGAACGAAGUGAAAAAAAUGCGAUCUUUGUUGUCUAAUAGAACAAACACUAAUACCUUAAUUGAGUCGGUCAAGAUCAAAUCUGUUUAUCAAAGUGCUUCUCCGAUUGCUCAAGACAUCUCUUUUCAACUGAGAAAGAAAACAAGGUCAUUUCGUUCCAUUUUUAGUAGAAUAGUGAAGGAUAUUCCAUUAGUAAUGAAAAAAGGGGUUGAGGGGAUCCGUAUAUGUUGUUCAGGUCGAUCAGAAGGCGCAGAAAUAGCUAGAACUGAAUGCGGAAAGUAUGGAAAAACAUCUCGUAAUGUAUUUAACCAGAAAAUAGAUUAUGCUUCUGCGGAAGUAUCUACUCGUUACGGAAUCUCAGGUGUCAAAGUGUGGAUUUCAUAUAAGUAA